ACGACGACGACGACAACGACAAUGUCCUCGUCGCUUCGAGCAGCGUCCGCGACCCAUAUAUCCCGCCCAUUCCGCGCCAAACUUCGCAUACAGCGUUCCUUUGCCACCGUCGCGGACCCUCCUGUUCGUCGAUACGGCGGGUUGAAGGACCAGGAUAGGAUUUUUACAAAUGCGUAUUGUAGGCAUGAUCAUGGGAUUAAAGGCGCUCUCAGCCGUGGUGACUGGCACCGUACAAAAGAUAUCAUCCUCAAAGGCGACGCAUGGAUUAUCCAGCAGAUCAAAGAUUCUGGGUUGCGCGGACGUGGUGGAGCUGGUUUCCCUAGUGGCCUCAAGUGGAGCUUCAUGAACAAGCCAGGGUGGCAGAACGAUCCUAGACCCCGCUACCUCGUCAUCAACGCCGACGAAGGCGAACCGGGGACCUGCAAAGACCGCGAGAUCCUGCGAGGGGACCCCCACAAACUCAUCGAAGGCUGCCUCGUCGCGGGCCGCUCCAUGAACGCCACAGCAGCGUACAUCUACAUCCGCGGGGAGUUCUACCAAGAAGCCUCACACGUGCAACAAGCCAUCCACGAAGCCUACACCGCCGGUCUCCUCGGGCCCAACGCAUGCGGGUCGGGGUACGCGUUCGACGUAUACGUGCACCGCGGUGCGGGGGCGUACAUCUGCGGCGAGGAAACGGCUCUGAUCGAGAGUAUCGAAGGGAAACAGGGGAAACCGCGUUUAAAACCCCCGUUCCCUGCUGACGUGGGCCUGUUCGGGUGCCCGACGACGGUGGCGAAUGUGGAGACUGUGGCUGUUGCGCCUACGAUUUGUCGGCGGGGUGCGAGCUGGUUUGCGGGGUUCGGGAGGGAGAGGAAUCAGGGGACGAAGUUGUAUUGCAUUAGUGGGCAUGUGAAUAACCCGUGUGUUGUGGAGGAGGAGAUGAGUAUUCCGUUGAAGGAUUUGAUUGAGAAGCAUUGUGGUGGUGUUGUUGGGGGGUGGGAUAACCUUCUUGGUAUCGUGCCUGGAGGCUCUUCCGUUCCCGUCAUCCCCAAGGAUGUGUGUGCUGAAGUCUUGAUGGACUACGACUCUCUCAAAGACGCACAAACCGGUCUCGGCACAGGCGCCGUCAUCGUCAUGAACAAAAGCACCGACAUCGUCGCGGCCAUCGCGCGCUUCUCCCAGUUUUACAAGCACGAGUCGUGCGGGCAGUGUACCCCCUGCAGGGAGGGCACGACGUGGAUGAUGAACAUGAUGAAUAGGAUGGUUGAAGGACGUGGGCACCUCCGUGAGAUUGAUAUGUUGCUCGAAUUGACCAAACAAGUCGAAGGCCGAACGAUCUGCGCACUAGGCGACGCCGCCGCCUGGCCCAUCCAAGGCCUCAUGCGCCACUUCCGCCCAGAGGUUGAGAGAAGGAUCCAAGAGUUCCGAGCGGUGAAUGGCGCUGUUGGGUUUGGUGGGCACUUGGCGAGUGCGGCGGAUGAUACGCUUGCGUUGCCUGAUAAUCUUGGGUUGAGGUUGCCUGAGCUGGCUCAGCCUCAACUGUAGAUGGGUUUGUGGUUGAUAGAAAUGCGAGAGAGAGAGUUUCCGCUGUGUUUUGCUAGUGCAAUGGAAGUGUCUUACG